GCGUCUCAGGUACCCAUCAUAUACCAUAUAUGUGGUAUCUACCAGUAUAAUAUGAAUUCAGUAUUAUAUUUAUAAUGCAUUUGGAUCUCGAUGUCCCCGUACAUGUAGUGUAUCGGUAGCGCGUAUGUGCGUGCGUGAACACGUGUAUUUGUGUGUAUGCAUGUUUGUGUGUGUAUGUGUAUUUUAGAGUUGUAAACAUUCUGAGGUUAGCCAGCGCAGGACAGGUUUUAUUUCAACCCUUGGUGCACUGCAGCGAUCACUCGUGUUCACAUCGCGUUUAGAAAGUAUCUACGUUUGUAUCAUCGUUCCUUCUAAACCGUUGUAUAGACGUUCAUUCCACCAUUGUAACCUAUCGGUUGUUAAUUUAUUCUCGUGCGACAAAUUUUCGGCUUCGGUUGAACAUAACAUACUUUUGCCAACGCGGCGCAUACCUACGUUCAUUGAUAGUCGAUGUAGUACUGUCUGCCAACGUACUCGUUUUUUCAGAGCAUUCAGUUAUUGAUUUGCUGAAUACCUACUGUGAUGAUAAUUGGUCAUCAUGUUUCUGAUUGUAAUAACUGUGCUGUUGAUUAUCACCAUAGCCCUGUUUGCUGUGUCCAAAAACUAUGUGGUGGAAAAACAGAAACAAGAAACUAACUUAGACUUUCAGAAACUUCAAAGAAACUAUUUGAUCGUGUACUGCUUGGCAUGUUUUUCUGAUUGGCUCCAAGGACCAUACGUGUAUAGUCUAUAUAAACAAUAUGGGUAUAAUGAAGGGGAGAUUGCUAUUCUCUUUAUUACUGGUACAAUAUCUAACAGUUUAUUUGGCACUAUUACAGGUGCAUUAGCAGAUAUCUAUGGUCGUAAAAUAUUGUGUAUAUCCUAUGGCAUAUUAUAUUCAGGAUGUUGUUUAACAAAAUUAUUUGGAAACUAUCAUCUGUUGCUUGUUGGAAGAAUAUUAGGUGGUAUUAGUACAUCAAUUUUGUAUUCGGCAUAUGACUCAUGGUACAUCAAUGAGCAUAUUAACUAUUACAAGUUACCCAACGAAUGGUUGAGCAAUACUUUUGCAAAAGCAACUUUUUUUAAUGCAACACUUGCUAUAUUUGCUGGAAUAUUGUCAUACUUUCUAGUCAGUGUAUUAGAAUUUGGACCGGUUGCACCUUUUAUAACAGCCAUUCCAUUUCUUAUAAUUACCAGCUCAUAUGUUAUGAUCCUGAAUGAACACUAUGUUAAUAAUUCAAAAUCUGCUUCAACUUCUGUUAAAACAGCUGUUAUGUUAUGGAUAACCAAUAAAAACAUCUUUACUCUCAGUGUCGUUCAGUCAUUGUAUGAAGGUGUUAUGUACUUAUUUAUAUUUAUUUGGACCCCUGCAUUAGAUAUUCUAACACCACCAUUAGGGUUGGUAUUUUCAAGUUUUAUGUUAGCUUUGAUGAUAGGUUCAAAAUUAUAUUCUAUAUUAUUGGAAAAUAAUUCUUUAGAUUCAAAAAAACUAUUACACUUAUCUACAUUUUUAGCCAGUUUUUCCUUUUUAAUAUGUUCAUUAGCAAUAUCUGACAUAUUUAAUAGUUACAUACCAUAUACAAUAAUGACAUGUUAUAUUUUUUUCAUUUUAUAUGAAGUUUCCAUUGGUAUAUAUUUACCAUCCAUGACUUAUUUAAAAAGUCAGGUGAUACCAGAGAAGAUAAGAGUUACCAUUUCCAAUGUUAUUAAAAUACCAAGCAAUAUUUUUAUUUGUUUAGCACUUUUAUGGAUACGUUUUAAUCAAGAGAAUGAAAAGACUAAUGAAAAUAUAAUUUUCUCUAUAUUUAUAGUAUGUUUCAUUGCUACAUCUAUAACAUUAUUAUUUUCUAAAAUAUUUUCUAAACUCUACAGCGAAACUAUAAUUAAGAGUUAUGAAAGUGAAAUUUAAAAAGCUACACUAAGCUUAUAAUUUAAUUUUGAGUUUAAUUAUUGUGUCAUUUUAAUUAAUAUUAUUUUUUUAUUAUUGAAAUUAAAUUUAUAUCAUGUAAUUAAUUUAAUUUAUGAUGUAAAUUUUAAUAUAAUAUUAUAAGUAAGGUGACAUUUAGAUCCGAAGAUCAAAAUAUCCUCAACAAAUCAGAUUGUCCCCCAAGAACAUUUUGAUCCAUGGGGUUCAUUUCUCCGUUUUUUAAAAAAAUUAAUUUUCUGAUCACAUACAUUCAUUUUAAAAGGAUAAAAUUGUUUUAGCAGUUUUUUCUUUUUUGUAUCUACUCUGUGAAUUUUUUUAGAAAAGCAUUUCAUUCGCUGUCAUUUGCCAGACAAGACUCUUAACAACAUUUAGUAUAGUUUCAUAUUUCAACAUAAAUACUAAACCAAACUUUGUCGACGUGUUAAAAGAAAGCUUACUUAAGUUUAGAUUUAUGAAUAUCAUAUUUUCAUUCUGUAUUGAGUAUUUAGUAGAUAACUAGUAUAAUUAAGUGUUUUAUUAAAAUUGACAAUCUAAGAUCAAUUAUUAGCAAAAAAUUUGCAUUUAUCGUUCAAAGACUGAGUUAUAAAAUUA